CGACACAAACCAGGCUUCCUUCUAUAAGCAAUCAUGGCUAUGUAUAAGCCCCAUGUUUUGCUCUUACUCCUCACUCUGUUCCUUUCCUCUGCUUUCCUCUCUCUAGGUUUUCACCUUCGUAGCCCGGGGGAAGAGGCUUUCGAGUUGCUUACUGAGAGUAACCCCGAGAGUCCACGGAGGGAGUACGAGCAUUGCCAGCAGCGAUGCCAAGAGGAACAGGGGCAUAUGCGUCAGGGGGAAUGCCAGCAGCAAUGUGAGCGAAGAAUGAGGGAGCGAGAAUACCAGGAGGAGGACGAUCCUCGCCAUCAGUAUGAGCAUUGUCAGCAACGUUGUCACAGGCAACAUCAUGAUCGAGGCAGCAGUGGCACUGCCUACAAAUGUAGGGAGUACGAGGAACGACAGGAGGGACGACGCGACAACCCUCAAGAGCCAUGCAAACAAUACGAGCAAUGCAGAGAACGUUGCCAGACGCAACAUCAAAGCCAAAAAAAGCAGCAACAAUGCCAAAGAACUUGCAGGGAGCAACUCGAGGAACAACAGGAGGACUGCAAAUCAGAACAAGAGGAACAAAGCAACAAUCCUUUCUUCAUCCGAUCACAGUGGUUCCAACCCCGAUUCAGCACCGGACAAGGCCACUGGAGCGUUCUUCCUAAGUUCAAUCAGAUGUCCCCUCUUCUCCGCGGCAUUGAAAACUACCGACUCUCCAUCCUAGACGCAUAUGCCAACACCUUUGUUGUCCCACACCACGGCGAUUCUGAUUCUCUUUUUGUUGUUGUAAGGGGUCAGGGAACAAUCACCUUUGUGAGCGAUGAUGGAAGACAGUCUUUCAACGUUAAAUAUGGAGACGCAAUUAGGGUUCCGGCAGGGACUACCGUGUAUAUGGUAAACUCAGAAAGAGACGAUGAGUUCAUAUCGCCUCCAUCAAUGAGCCUGUCAAUGCUCCUGGCCAUUUUCAGGAGUUCUUACUUAGCGGAGGUGAAGAGCCUGAGGGUUAUUUAGAUGUCUUCAGAAUUGAAACUCUUGCAGCUUUCUUGAAUACCAUAAAAGAUCAGAUAAGGA